UUCCAGAAACACAAAAUAUAGAGAUUGAAGAACCUGAAACCAAAGAAAUAUCUACAUUUCAAACAUCUUCAAAAAAAAAUAAGCAGUAUAAAACAACAGAUGCUAAAGAGCAAAUCUUGAAACAGCUUAAAGAUUAUAAAAAUACUUCCUUAUUGUCUCUGGAAAUUGUUAAUGGAUUAGUGAAACAGUUAGUGGAAGUGGAACAGUCAUCAAAACUAUCUAAAUAUUGA